AUGUGCCGAGGCCGAUGGUGCAGGAUCGAGUGCAUGCCGGAUUUUCACGUGGUGUCACUGUCUUUCGGGGCAUUGUCUGACAAUACGGCCUUUCCGACCUGCGACCCGACCCGGUCCUAUAUUUCACCUUCCAUAACGAAGCUCCGUCUCCUCCGGACCUUGUUUUUUUACUGUUGUUUUAGCGACAACAGUCGGCCCAUUCCGUCUUUUUUGGGCCAAUUAGGUCCGUCUUUGCAAACGUUAGUGCUGAGGGAAAUCGGGCAUUUCGGCCCAAUUCCACACGAAUUGGGUAAUUUGACCCGUUUGACGGUCUUGGAUCUUCCCGGGAACAAUCUCAACGGUUCGAUUCCGGUUUCCUUGGGCCGAAUCACCGGUCUAAGGUCGUUGGAUUUGAGCUGCAAUAGAUUGUCCGGGUCGAUUCCUAAUAUUUCUUUCCCGGCAUUAAAUGUGCUCGACCUCAACCAAAAUCAUCUCAUGGGUCCACUCCCAAUCCCUCUUUUAAGCACUACUUCUCUCAUGAAAAUCGACUUGAGCCAAAACCAAAUCUCGGGUCAAAUUCCAAACCUAAACAAUCUCGAAGACCUCGUUCUCUUCGAUUUGAGUUACAACGCUCUAACGGGCCCGUUCCCUAAAUCUCUCAACGGCCUAAAAUCCCUCCAAGUCCUUAUCCUCAACAUCAAUCCAUUCACAUCCACUAUAAUCCCAGAUAACGCGUUCGACGGACUAAAUAAUCUAAUGAUCUUACGAUUAUCCAAUAUGAACUUGGGCGGACCCAUUCCAGAGUCAAUUGGCCGGCUCACAAGAUUACGGUCUCUCAACGGCAACCAAUUAAACGGCACGAUCCCGUUCACUUUUUCCAACUUAAACGGAUUAAGUGAGCUCAAACUCAACAACAACAAAUUGACGGGGCCCGUUCCGUUUCGAAGAGAAAGGGUUUGGAGAAAGGGCAGAAAAUUGAGCUUUGGUAAUAACUAAUAACUUAAGGCUAUGCUAUGAUGAAUUGGGCAUUGUAAAAAAAUUAACUCAAAAGACAAAACUCAAAGUAGACCACUUGUAAAUAAAAAUAUUUUGGAAAAUAUGUAGAAGAUUGUCACCAAGUUGUAGAGAUUUUUAAGAACUCUCUAGGAAUCACUCCAUUAUCUACCUACAUUGAACUUGUACCUACAAUAUUCAUUGAUUUACUCUCAACUGUAAGAUUAAAUCAAUUCCCAAUAUACAUUGAGAGAUUAAGUAAUAUAAAUAUGAGCAAUAUUUCAUUUGUAGACCUACCAAAUAAAUUUAUAAACGGUUAGACUAAUAGCAAAACUCAUACAUCCGUUUCUUAAGAAAACAACAAACCCAUGCGGAAUCUCACGUAAUAAAAAAAUGAAAGGAAACUUUUACCUCCGUCAAUAUCAUCAAUCUAAUUUUCUAAAA